GAUACUAAUUUGAAGAUGUUUUUUUCGUUUUUAGACAUAAUUUUUAUUCCCACGGGCAAAUGGAGAAUAUGUACGCGCUUACAUCUUCAUAUUGCUUGGAAUGAGUAACCAAAUCAUUCAUCCGUGUAGAUGGAAUAGCAUUCCAUACCACGCAAGAUAGACAAAAACACCAUUAAAUACGUGGCUUAUAUCAUAUAUUCUCUACCUUUAAUCUGGAAUGGAUGGGCUUGUUUUGAAUAACCAAGGGGAAAGGAACAGGUGCCCCUUCAUGUGGGUAAGGUAAUGUAUGGUGUACUGAUUAUUACGUUAUAGUGUCUAUUUUAAGUGCCAUUACUCUACAGAAAGUGUUGAAAGACAAUGGGUGCAUGUGUUUUGAGUCUUAAGACUGUCAUUGGGGGAUUUAGAAUAACAACAAGAAGAAAAAAUCCUUUCGUUGGCUUCAUCGUGUCUCUUUACCCCUCUAUAUGGAAAGGGGGGAGGAGACGAAUCCGAUUCUUUCUUUAAAAAAAGAGGGAGAGCCCACAGGUGUAGGGUGCAUUGAAAAUAAUGUGUAUAAACAGAUUGGUAUUGAUUACGUGUGUUCGAUGUGGGGAUGAUAAAAAAUGAAUCGUUUCUUUUGAGACAAAAGGUCUUUUCUACCCAUGAGGUGUUUCGAACCUACGCUAAAAGGACCCUAAUCACGUGACCGACUCGUUGAUGUCAAACAAAAAAGAUGAAGCAGAAAUGUUUAGGUAUAGUCUUUUUAGAAACGAUAUACGUUUUCAUCGUCAUUACACAAGAGCCAAAGAAAGACCUGUUGUACCGAUGUACAAUGGUUCAGACAAUGUCGAUUUGGAUCUCCCUGUGACUGUGUAUUGUAUCACAACAGAAGAAGCAAAAGAUGUACAUUCGCACGAAAUAUCAGAGGGAUGAAAGGUGCGGAUACAUACAAAUACAUGUACUUUGAUUAAACUUGAACAGUGAAGCAGUGAAGCUGUAGUGAAGGAGAGGGCGGAAACCCCAAGAAAGUCCAUAUGUACAACUACGCAAGAAGGAGCAUCUGCAACUAUGGCGGAAAGAAAACCUAAGUUCAGCAAAUUCGGACAAUUCGAGCCACCUACCACUCGAAUUAAAAAUAUCAUACUCCAAUAUUGCGGCGACUCUUCCACGAUAGGAAUGGCUGAGAUAGUGAAAGAACUUAUCCAAAAUGCAGACGACGCCAGAGCGACACAGGUUCAUCUUAUCUUGGACAAACGAUACCUACCGGCAGAUAAAGUAUGGGAUGAGUGGCGCGGAAUGCAAGGCCCCGCUUUCUGUGCCUAUAACAAUGCCGUUUUCACAGCGGAAGACAUACAGGCCAUUCAGAAACUCGGCGUUGGCAGCAAAAGUUCCGAUCCAGAUAAAACUGGUCAGUUUGGUAUAGGAUUUAACGUCAUGUAUCAGCUCACAGAUUGCCCAAGCCUGCUUUCCGACGGCAAAGACCUUUGCCUUUUUGAUCCCCACUCUAAAUACGUACCAGGUGCGACGGUCACGUGCCCUGGUGGCCAUAUCAACCUUUGUGAGGAUCAAGAGUUCCGAAAAACCUGGAAGGACGUGAUGAUCGGAUACUUGCCUGGUUUUGUGCAACAAGAGGGAGGGACAGUUUUCAGGUUCCCUCUCAGACACCAAUACAUGGUGUCGGACAUUUCACAGAUAUUCUACAAUGAAGACAGUAUAAAGGACUUAGAGUAUGAAUUGCGGAAUUUAGAGUUCAAGUCUUUUGUGCACAAUUGCCUUCUUUUCACAAAGACCAUAUCUCGUGUUGGCGCGUCCGUGAUUGAUACAGACGGCAAACUGAACACGUUAUUUGAAAUCAAAAGGAAAAUCAACCCAGGGAUGUUAAAAGACUUAAAAGAAGCCUACAAAAAGACCUCGGAGAGCAUGCGGCUUGUGCUAGAGGGUAAACUCUCCCUCAGUGAGGUUCCGAAAAGGUGCGUCACAUACAAACUGACCACCAUUGACGAUAACUUCUCUACGGACUGGAUGGUCAAUCAGAGUUUCGGCUUCCAUGGGGAGCUGGAGCCAGAAGACAGGUCAUUCCUAGAGGAAUUUUUAUGCCAAGAUGUCUCAGGAAAGAAAUUUAGUCCCAUUGCAGGUGUAGCGGCAAAACUCAGCGGGCCUGUGCAAGGAGCAGCGUUCUGCUUCCUCCAGCUACCUAUCAAAACUGGGUUAAGCGUCCACAUUAAUGGACAUUUCGCCAUACACUCAUCUCGGCGAGGUCUGUGGACAAAUACGGCUUUUGGGUCGUGGAACCGUAUCCUGCAGCGUUAUGUGAUAGUCCCUUCUUAUUGCUCAUUGCUCAAGACGGCAACAAAGGCAACAAAGUUAGGUAAUGUUGCCUUGUGGUAUAAUCGUCUCCUCCCCGAUUGCAGCACAGCCACUGAUGCCUUCUUCCAGGAGAUAUGUAAAAGGGUAUACCUAUUUAUUCGGGACUAUGACUUAAAGGUCAUACCCAUAACACGCUCUAUGACUGUAUCCGCUCUAGUCGCCCAUAAACUUGAGUUCCACUCCAUUGCUGAAACGCUCUUUUUGGCGGGCUUACGGAAUGUUGACGUGGAAAAGAUGCUUCUGGUUUUGGGGCACAAUGUGUGCUCACACCCAGAGGUGUCGCUUCGACUGAUCUUUGCUAAGACUCCGGACCUUCAGUUCCUGUCUCCCAGAGCAACAAUGGAGUGUCUACGAAAGUCUGCAGAACCCAUGGGCCUUCCAAAGCUAGUCAACCAGACACCGUUCCUCUCUCCCGAAAACGUGAAAAAACUUCUAGAAUAUUGCCUGAUACAGAACAGUGAAGCGGAGAAAAAUUAUCAGGCGUUACAUGGUGUCCCACUAUGUUUUACUGCUGACGGACAUCUCCGGAUUUUUGACACAGAACACCCGGUGUUUGUUACACUGGAAUACAGGGGACUUCUGCCCCAUCGUCCCGACCUUUUCCUUCACCCUGAAGUAGCACACUUGUUCAGCGUUAGAAGUGAUACCAAAGCAUACCUUCCAGUGCGUCAGUUGUGCCUUGAAGAUGUCUCAAAGUUUGUUGAAGAAGACGCGAAAUACAUACACGAACCGACAUGGGUUGAAUUAAUGUGGCGAUUUAUGAAGAAUCACAUUGGUAAGAACACCACCCGCCUAGAGCUGCGCCCAGUGGAGCACCUGCCUCUCUUGCCGACCUCUAGUGGUAGAUUCUACACCAUGGCCGAAGGGAAGCAUGUUUUCAGCCUUGCUAGGACCGGGAAGGAAAUGGCUGCCGUCUUAAAUAAGCUGGGUUUACCGUCUCUGGAUCCCAAACAGGUGUUAAGUGAUGACGUCACAGAUCAUGACGUAGAGACGAUAGCCAAACCGUGCGUCCUGGAUGCAUCCGAGCUGAGUGACCUUCUCGAAGUUUUGGCUGUUAGUUGGAGCCGGAACCAACCUUCUGUUCAGUUUACAGAAGAGGAGGCAGAGACCAUGCUCCAUUUUGUGAAUACGGGUUUGCGGAUUAUAAGGACCAGCUCAGUCUUUAAAGACCCCAUAAGGCGCCUUCCCAUAUUUGAAACCAUCGGGGGUUACUAUAGCUCAGUGGAUGGGGAAGCUGUGAUAUUGGAUGAAUCAAUUCCUCUGCGUGGAGUCACAAACUCCAUGAUGCGUAGUAACUGUGUGUUGCUGCGAGAAAGAAAAUCGUACUUGGAGUUGUACAGAGUACUGGGACUGAGAAAGAAGAGCACAGUCCUCGUUUACGUCGACCACAUAUUCCCGCAUUUUCCAGAAUUACCGCCAGAGAUUCGCGACGCGCACCUGCUCUGCAUAAGAGACACUGUCCUCCCUAUGCUCUCUACCAGCCCCAUGGAAUUAUCACAAAUGUCUCAGCGCAUGUUUUCCAUGGAGUUAAAGAAACUGCCCUUUAUUCCGUUUGAAGACCAGUUGCUGCCAGCGAGUUGUUUUUACCCCCCAGAGCUAGUGCUGCUGGACCUCCUCGACCGCCAUCAUCCUCUACCGGAGCAGUACCUGGAUGAAAAAUGGAGAGAGAUGCUAGAGGUUGCCGGACUCAAGACGGCGAUAUCACCCGAAGAAUAUGUGCAGUGUGGACUCCAGAUAGCCUCCAUGGGAGAUGACGUAGAAAUAGCGAGGGAGAAGGCCCAGCUGCUGCUGGACGAGAUUGUUAAGAACCAUUGCAGCAAUGGAAUCCUUUACCAGAUUUCGACGAUACCAUUCAUUCCUGUUGAAAAGGACAUUUUGAAUGAAGCUUUGUACCAGUUGUGCCCUCCCCUGGAGUCGAAGGAUUCCUAUAUCAGCCUUCGAGGUUCUUUGAUUUACCAGAGUCAUCACAAGCAAGAUAUACUGAAACACGGGGUCCUUACAUGGACAAGCUGUUUAACCCUGCCGUCAUGGGUUAAAUUAUCUCGCGAAAUGAUCCACGAACUUGGUGUGAAAUUCAUACCGGAUGUUGAAGCCGUUGUCAAACACUGCACCAUGUUGGCUGAGGCAUCAUGGGAAGAGCUCUCAGAUGAUAGCCUGAGGCUUAUGCAAUUCAUAUUCAACUGCGCUUACGACUUCCUCAGUCAGUGUUGUAUGUGCUUUUCAAAAUCGUGCCCAGAAUGUAUGGCAGUAGCCACUCUACGUAAAAAGGAAAUUAUCAUUCUUAGUGAAGGGAAAAUCAAAACGUUACCAUCAAAACUGGUCCUUAACCUACCAGAUGAGGUAGACACGGACACGUUGCAUCCACAUGUGUACAAGAGGCCAAUAGAUAUGGUGCAACAUGAUGAUUUAUUCCGCAGACUGGGGGCCCAGUCCAUAGCUAAAGCCGACACAUUUGCCCAAGUCUUGAGCCAUCUGCGGUUCGAAUGCGGAGAAAACACCAUGGACCUUAAUCAAAGGGCAACGGCCAGCACAGCAAUGUAUGGGCUCUUUGUGACUUUGCGGAAUGAUCCUAGUCAGGCGUUCAUGACGCGACCACUGUUCCUACCGUCAGACAAAGCUGUCAUGACCCUCUCCUUUGAACUGAUAGCAAGAGACAAUGAGCUGGUCGCCAAGAAAUAUAAGGAUGACACGUACGACUAUCUGUGCAAGCUUACAGCGUGCAACCUGUAUCGUAACGCAAAGGACUACGUGCUACUUCUCCCGCCGGAGGUUCGACCAAUCUUGCUAUCAGAUUUGGUACAAGAGGAUAUAAAUAUUGACUCAUUGUGUGAAUUAAUGGAAUCGGAAGAAGGAUGCCCGUAUAUAGAGAAAUAUAAAAACGUUUUGGGUUCGGAUAAUAUGAGCGAUGCGCUGGUGGCUCUAGCGGCCGUCCCUUACAACGAGAGCGGUCCUCUACGAGACAGACUGGAGGUUUUACAGGCGGCUAAUGUACAAUGUUUUAACAGGAUGAAGUCACAACUUCUUGUGAAAGGAAAACCUCUGGAGGGAGCAAAGAUGUCGGAGAAAUAUUGUCACUUGCAGGUUGAUCCAGAAGAGUGUUUUUAUACGUUGUACAUUAAACACAACCAUGAAUACCCGGGCGAUGCUAACGUCACAUUUGCUGUUGCUGACGUCAUCAAGUCUCACCUCAAUGUGGAGAUAGACUCGGGGCAGGUUGUUAAACUACUGCGAUGCAGUGGUGAUCUGGAACAAACGGAGGACAUUUUAGCUGGGGAGGGGGCAACUCUGAACGCUCAAGAAGACCUUUUAGAUGGGCCAACCCUCGGCACUGUUGUCCCAGAUCGAAAACUCUUCGCCAUGCAUCCCAACGUAAGGCUUCAACCGAAGGAAUACGUAUCCUACCUACAGACCAACAAAUCAACAGGACAGGAAAUAAUGGUAUAUGCCAGGGUCGUCAAUGAAAAUGUGGAGCAAAGAAUCAGAGCGGUUGGGAAUAUGUUCAAAGAAUAUAAGAUUGACAUCGGCCUCGGUUAUCCUGUCGCUGCGCAUGCGUUGGACCUCUAUCGAGAAGGCAGAAGGUUUCCAGAUCUCCUCAAAGGUCAGAAGUCAUCUGACGAGCAAGAAGAUGAUGAAGACACGGACGAGAGCGAUGACGAAGACGUUUCCAGAGAUCAUGUCGAUCUUUCUUCAGAGAUUGGUCAAACAACCGCCAUUUUGACCCAGCUGCUCGAGGAGACGUACAGUGAUGUGCGAUGGGUGCCGCUGAGGGAGAAGAUGGCCACUCGACUGUUGAAGACUUGGGAAUGCAGCCAGGAUGAUUACGACGCAACAGAAGCAGAGACCGUUCUUAGACACCUGCAGCAGGAAAUAGAACGAGUAGAGCGCCAGUACGCAGGCGUGGUAUCUUUGUACAGGGAACAGGAAGAAGAACGAAGAAAGAUUGAGCUUGCUGAGCGGGGCUUGGUAGAUCCAGACCCUGAAUGCGCACGCAGACUCUUCGCCAUUGCUCUACGAGACCUACCGACAGCCGAUGUUAUGCUCGAGACGGGCCUCACAGAAUGGUGCUGUUCUCUCUGUACCGAAGUCGUUAGAAAAGUCCUGAUAGGGACCAUUGUGAAUCACGGCUUGGCCACCCCAGAACAAGCACUCGCUAUUCACAGCCUUCAGCCUUUGCUUGCGUACACAAUGCGCCUGCAAAAGAGACCCAUCCAGCUAGUCGCAGACGUGGACGUCUUUAGAAGAACCAGCGCGGAUUAUAUCGAGUCAUUUGAUCCGUCCUCGAGGAGAUAUAGCAGACCGGAAGUGACGUAUACUGAACAGGUGGCGCGAAAAAUUGUUGACGUCACGCACAGAGUUGUGACGUACUUGGCGGGGUUUAAUGAAAUUGAUCUGACGUCGAAAAAUGACGAUGUCGUCGAUGAGAACAUGAACUCUGAAGCAGAAGUGAAAUCAUCCUAAAAUGAGAAUAUUUCUUCACAAAAUGUUUAUUUUGUCGAAGUGUCUGCUAAGAAUUGACACAAGAUGAUGAUUAAAAUCGUUGCAGGACGACGAAAUCGUCAGAAAAGAGAAAAUUAAAUUUGAAUCAGAUAAUGCAAAAUGUAUGCGAUUUCAAUUAGCUGAUAUUAACGCUGUAUUUAAUAUUCCUUUUUGUGUGAUAUUACUAAAAGUGAUUCAAGAUUUGUCAUCACAUAACCAGAUUACGUAUGUGUUGAAAGUUACACGUAUAUGUACCUUUAUGAUGUUUAAAGAUUUAAUAAGUUUUCUUUGCAGACGAUAGAUGUAGAAGUAACUGCUGAUAUUUAGAGCAAAAGUCUGUUCAUUUGUUGGACGAUAUUCUAGUCUAGUCAAAUGCAUAUUUCAUCACAACCAUAUCGACUGUAUCUGUAGAGAUGUAAGAGGAUUUGUGACACGUACAUUUAAAAGCCUAAUCGUAUAAUGUCGACAAACAUAAGAGUUUCUAAUGGGUAUUUUUACAAUUGAACUUUUUGGCGCUCCGUGGGUGCUAUUACAAUUGAACUUUUGGCGCUCCAUGGAUAAUUUACAAUAGUAGUUUUUUGGUGCUCCAAUCCAGUUCUGUCUACAUUUGGUAGUUUUAUACAAAGACGGGGGCUGGCGGACAGAGACUCUAGAUCUAUCACUGACAUUGAUAUCGCCGACGCAGCUCGUUAAUAUCACCUUUAUUAAUACUAGUAUACCUCUUGAUUGAGGAAUACAUAUUCAUACCUAUGACAAAAUUAAGAGAAAAUCCGAGACCUAUAUUACUUCAAGUACAGAAACUACCACCAAAAUUUCAAACAAAACACAGAUCUAGUACCCAAAACUAUACAAUUUCUCAUACGAGCCCAAUUUUGAAUCAACGUUUCUUCUGGGCACUACUGACAAAGCAUUACUUUGGGUAUGUAAAGAUUAAAUAAAGAGAUUAUUACCGUAAACAG